AUGUGCAUCUUAGUGUCGUCCACCCCAGAACGCUCUCUUAAAUCUCGGAAGGGAUACACGAUCAUAAUCUCGUGUGCCGGAGUUGGGAAUGUUGGCCAACUUUGCAUGGACGUUCUCAUAUCGUCAAUUGAGUCUAUUUUUGCCGGCUAUCUCAAUUCUGACUAUGUUCCACCUAUUGUUGGACCGCCACCUUACCCCGAAUUAACAUCUACCGCUCCCCUGGCGUGCUCUUUAGAGCUAUACGAUGACGAUUUUCGUAAGCUGUCUCUGCUACAAGUUCGGGCACCUGUUUUCCCUGGUGUUCACAGUCGCUUUGCCACAGAAAUAGUGGAUUUUAUCAUGCGUCAAAAAUUUGCACGUGUGAUCCUUCUCUCGAGCAGUUUCGCCAUGACCAGAAAGGAUCAACAGCUUCGUGGGUCGCCUCUUCAAUACUCUGUAUCGUUAGCCACCAAAGUAGAAGAUAUUGAAGCUCUUUCACGUAUUGGAUUGAUGAGGUUGGUCAAGGAGGAGGUCUCGGAUGGUGGAAUGAAGAAUGGUGUUAGUCACUUGGCUUUCAAUCUUCCCGGCUCGGGGACAGCUUUGUCCUUAUUUUCAGAGUUAGAAAAAAUGGAGACCGUAUCGACAAUUCUUCUGAACACGUUCACCUGCGACGGUGACAAUCGCAAUGACGCGUUCUUUAUGGCUCAUGCGCUCAAUGGCUGGUUGAAAGUGAAUCCUGCUGAUGGCGCUGUCUCCUGGAGGACACCCAAAUGUUGGAAAAUGCUGUACGGCAGCGGCUUUGAUCCUGCAUUAUAUUAG